AAAGACCACAAGGUGGCGCACCAUAUUUUGCUCUCUUUUUUGCGGCAAGUUUGCUUUCAAAUGAGAUUACAAAGACUCAUGGAUUUGCUUGCUGGAAUGAAUUGUUGAUGACGAUGGUAGAAAAUGGACUCUGCCUCAGUGAAUCCAACUCCUUCAUUGAUCCCUGAAGGAUGUUGUGUGUUCUGUGACAGUUCUGAGCAAUCAGUUCAACGUUAUGGUAAAUUCCUUCACCAUGAAGAAAGUGGAAUCUAUGCUCAUUACUAUUGUAUGCUAUUUGCUUGUGGACUCAGUCAACGUGGUGAAAGCCAUGAAGGGAUUGAGGGAUUCUUAAUCAAGGAUAUCUUGGCUGAGAGAAAAAGGGCACAAAAACUGAAAUGUAAGUACUGUAAGAAGAAAGGAGCUUCAGUAGGUUGCUCAGUGAAGGCAUGUCAUCAGAUCUAUCAUUAUGGAUGUGGUGUAGAUGAGGAAGCAAUCUACCUAUUCUAUGACAGUUUUGUAUCUUACUGCGCUAAGCAUCGUCCUGUUCAGAAGGUAUUACCUUCCUCUUGCUCACCAAGUAAAGGGACAUGUCCAAUAUGUAUGGAACCUGUAGAGACCACACCAAGCAAUAGUGUACUCAAGACACCAUGCUGCAAAGGUACUUGGCUCCAUAGACAAUGUGUCCAGAUGCAAGCUUUGAGUGCUGGUUACUUCUUCCGAUGUGCCAUCUGUAACAAUGAGAAUGAGUUUCAAGAUGAAAUGAAGAAAUUUGGCAUCUACUUACCAGAAAAGGAUGCUGAUUGGGAAUUUGGAAGUUCAGCAUACCAAGAACUAUAUGAGAGACACAACCAAUGUGAUGUCAGUAAAUGUAGAUGUCCAAAAGGCAGAAAGUAUUCUACACAAUCAGGUCAAUGGGAAAUUGUACUAUGUGAUCUAUGCGGUUCAGCUGGGUGUCAUGUGUCUUGUGGUGGAUUACUAAGUGCUUUAGAUGACUGGGCAUGUAAGGAUUGUACUUCAACUUUCACCAGAGGUUUUAUGGAGCAAAAUGCUGCUAAUGAUGGAUAUGAUACUUCAAAAUCAUCUUCCCUUGGAACACAGCAGAAUAGAACCCCAGGUCAGAGUGGCACUCGAGCAAGGUCAGCCAUUAGAUCCCAAGGGAAGCGUCCACGUCCUCCCCCAACAACACCCAGACCUGUAAAGAAGAUGAAACAGAGCAGUACCCCAAUCAUUCCACCUUUAUCACCUGUGUCUACUCAACAAUCUUCUCUUUCAAGUUCUCCAAAAUCUACACCCUUUCAAACUAUGAAGUUUCCUAGAGUGUCAUUGUCACCAACAUAUGAGUGGGGAAAGUCUGGGCAAGGCAGUUCCCGAGAAAUAUCUGUUACCAAGUGCAGGGAACUGCUUCCACAGUUAGAUUGCUACGUGACCCUGGAACCCCCAUCUCAAAACAUAAAUCUUCAAAAUCUCAGCAUGCCAUCUCUAUCUCCAGCUGCCAGCUCAUCCAAGAAGAGCAAGAAUAGCAAGAAUAGUAAUAAAUUGAAGUACAAGAAGGCCAGGAAAUUAGAUCUUAAUUCUUGUAGCCUUGCAGGUGAGACUGGAGCACAAGAAUCAUCAUUGUUAAGUGAAAAUGGUGAUAUCCUUCAAUCUGCUCCUGGAAAUAUGUCAACACAAACAAAUGUUAAUCAUUGUACUAGCAACCAGUCAUCUGUGAAAUUGAGCUGGGGUAGCAGAAUCCUGGAUUCAGUUGGAUCUUUCCUGUGGAGGAGGAGGUCACCAUCUAAAGCAUCAGCCAGUUCAGGGGAAAGCCAGGAAACACAAGCAUCCUUGAAUGACAGCAAUGGCUUUCAUAAUUCAACCCUAUCAGAGAAGCUACAGGACUCACAUGCCUUUCUUGAAUCUUCCUCCUGUUUAGAUUCUCCAGAAUCCAGUUCUCCUGUACCGCUCUCAAAAGAGAUCAAGGAACAGAUAGUUCCUGUAGACACAGAAAACAUUCCAGUCAAAACUAAAAACUUGCUUCAUUCUCUAACGUCCUGGAAAGAUGAUACAACAUGGAAAGAAGCCAAGCAGGAUCUUGUUCAGUUAUUUCAGGUUGACGGUAGAGCUACAAGAAGUGCUUUGAAGAAUGUUGCGAAAACACCUUCUAAAACUACAGGAGAGGAAAGAAAAGACCGUGGUUUGAGCACAGAAGACAAUGUUCAGAAAUUACCUCUUCCAAAUAAACAAUCUGAUACCAAGAACAACAAUGGUCAUGCCUCCUCUCUCCAAAAAUCUAACUCUCCUUUACCGCUCUCUAAAGAGAUUAAGGAACAAAUAAUUCCUGUAGACACAGAAAACAUUCCAGUCAAAACUAAGAACUUGCUUCAUUCUCUAACGUCCUGGAAAGACGACACAACAUGGAAAGAAGCCAAGCAGGAUCUUGUUCAGUUAUUUCAGGUUGAGGGUAGGGCUACAAGAAGUGCUUUGAAGAAUGUUGCGAAAACACCUUCGAAAACUACAGGAGAAGAAAGAAAAGCUGGUGGUUUGAGCAGAGAAGAGAUUGCUCAGGAAUUACCACUUUCCAGUAAAUCAUGCAAUGCUGAGAGCACGUUGUCCAAUGAGGAUGAUGCAGAUGUUGAUCAAAUGAAAUUACCAAUUUCUCAUUCACAGGAAGUAGAAUCGCAAAUAAAACCAUCAAACUGUACACGACAAAAAAGAAAAAAAGGUGAACGUUUGCUGAAUGAUCUGACAUCAUGGAAGGAUGAUUCAACCUGGAAAGAGGCUAAGCAAGAUCUUUCCUUACUCUCACAGGUCGAUGGUAGAGCAACAAGGAAUGCCUUGAAGAAAGAUGGGUCAACACCAGCAAAGAGAAAAGAAAACAAGAUCAAUGCAAGCUGUCCUGAUAUCAGUCAUAAACCAAUUGUUUACCCCCAAAGUAUAUCUAAUGGUCAAAGCUUAGCAUCUCCCAAGGUUGACUCUCAUGGUGAUUCUGAACCUGCUAGGGCUGCUGUUAAUUCAUCAGAGGAAAGUGAAAGCCCUGUCAUUGCAUUAUCUAUCGAAGGCCUACGGCAUGUGCAAAGCAAUUUGGUGAAAGAUUUGACAUCUUGGAAGGAUGACACAUCUUGGAAAGAAGCAAAGCAUGAUCUUGCUCAUCUAUUUCAAAUUGAUGGGAGAGCAACAAGGAGCGUUUUGAAAAAAGAUGGAACAAAGUUGGCAGAUGAUGCAGCGCUAUGCUCUCCAUCGCCUAAAAAACAGAAACUUGCCCUUCAUUCACCUUCUUCCCUACAUCAAUCAUGUCAUAGAUAUCGCACCCCGAAACGUGAUUCAUUUACUGGCAAAUGGAAAAAACCAAAAGGAUCAACAAAUCAGAAGUAUAUGGUCAAGCAGAAAAUAUCAGCCAGUGAUGCUCCUGCUAAGAAUUCCCAUCCAAUAUCAUGCAACAAGCAGAGUGAUAAACGACAGGAACCAGACAAGCCAACAAAUUUGACAGUAUCAGCAGAGGGAUCCAAAGAGCUACAUGCUCUUACUUCAUGGAAGGAUGAUAUUACAUGGAAAGAAGCAAAAGGUGAUCUGGUCAGCCUUAUUCAAGUUGAUGGGAGGACAACAAGAAGUGUCAUAAACAAAGAUGCCCGGGCAAAAUCCACCCCAAUUACAAACAUUGAUACCACAGGCAUUGAAAUGCCAGAUGAUCCUGUUCUGACUUCCUCUAAGAAGAGUAACGAAUUAGACCCAAUACAUGAUGAAGAUGGUGCAUGUGCAACAGGAAAGAAAGAUUCUGGUGAAGCAGAAUCAUCUGUUGCAUCCAUUAAUGAAAUCAAAGAAACAGGUGAAAUGAAUGUGAAUCGUAGAGGGUCAUCCAGUGUGAAGAGGAAAAAGAGAAAUUCCUUGGGAAUUCUGACUGCUUGGAAAGAUGAUCAAACCUGGAAGGAAUUCAGAGAUGAUAUGUCCAAGUUAAUUGAGGAAGAUGCCAGAAUGACACGUAACAAAGCACAGAAACAUGGUCUCAAGGGAAUCAGUUUCUCUGCAAAUAAAGUUGGAAAGCAGUCCAUAUCCCCUUGCAUAAUCAAGGAUCGAAUGCCAUCAACCAAGCUCAUUUCAGCAGAGACAGUUCUUGAUCGAUGCUCACCAAAACAUUCAAGGCCGUCAGUUGAAAAUUCUUCUAAAAGGUCAGGGACACAAAACCAGGCGUUGAGUGGUUUGAUGGAAGGAUCUAGAAAUGGAAAUUCACAAAUGGAGAAGCCAACUUGCAAUGAAAUUUCACCUCAUUCCUCCAAAAAGAUGGAAAGCAGUGUAACAGGAAUUGACACUGCAUGUAAUAUUGGUACAGAGGAAGCUUGUCAAAAGAGAAAGUCAAGGAAAAGCUUGCUCAAAAUCUUUUCUAUAGAUAAUGAUGCAAAAUGUGAGAGCAGUGGAGGCAAGAGUGAGUAUGGUGAUAGGGAAUUUCCUGAUAAAACUACCAGUGGUUUAUAUAGAAAUGAGAAAGGUGCCCAGCUUGAUGUUUUAUUGUUAACAGAGGACGAACUAGAGGAUAAUAAUAAAGUUAAUGAAAGCCCUAGUAAAAUCCACAGGAGGUCUAAUAUUGAUUUAAACUCUGACAAAACUUCUACCACGUCAGCUGACAGUAAGAGUAACUUAAGUUUGCAAGAUGUAGGGAGACACGUACAGCUGAUUGAUCGAUCAUCACAAACUACUGCUAGUAUAAAUGAAACUGAAGCCUAUCUUGCAUCCAUGAGUCAACAUUACAGAGAUCCAGGUAAUCUGUCUUCUACACUCAUCCAAAAUGGCAAACUAAGGUGUGGAUAUACGCAGACAUACAAUGUGAUGUGUGUAACUCCUAACAUAGAGCCUGCUCCCAGCAAGGUCCUUGGCGAUGUGAGUGAAGGCGAGUUAUUCAGUACAGAGCUUGCAAAAUUGCCUGAAAUGGGUGAUGGUAAAAUCAUAUCACAGAAAAACAAUCAGCAGUUAAAAUAUCAGAGAGAAUUUCCUCAAUUGACACAGGGAAUGAAAAACAACGAAAAAUCUGAUGGAAGACAGACAGACUACAUAACCACUCCACAAAAGUCAGCAGUGGCUGAAGGUGUAAUGGAUUCAGGUGUUAACCAGACUGCAUUUACAAGUUUAGAAGCAGAGUCUCAAACAAAAAAGAUGUGCAGAAGUUUGUUGAAAGAGGAACUAAAAAGAUCAGUUCAAUCUUCAAAAUAUAGAAGAACUAAAAAUGAACUCUUAAAAUUGUGGACAGGAGAUGAUGUGUGGAAAGAAGCAAAGGAUGAUGUCCAGGUUCUCUUAAAUUCUGAAGAAAGAAUGAGUAGAAGCACUAGAAAGGAACCAAAACCUACACACUCAUCGCAAAGUCCAACAUUGGCCCAAGGAAAGACAGAUAUUGGCUUUUCAAUGGAUACCAUGGGGCCAAAUCUAUCAAAAGAUUUACGCAAGAAGAAGUACUGCUGUUCACACAUGCGGAGUCCCUGGAAAAGUACAUCAAACAAUGGCAUUACCCAUGAAACAUCAAUCAAACCUGAUGAGUGUCAGGAACCCUCACCUGUGUUUGGGAAAAAGUCACAUGCUGCCAUCAACAGAAAAUCGGAUGGUGAAAAAGCACCUUCAAUCUCCAGAAGUGAUUCUAAACAGCGAAAGAGUACACAAGAUAUUGAUUUUCAAAUCUCUCCUGAAAGCAUGAACAAGGUGUGGAAGCCAAAGAUUUGCUCAAGUGUUAAAAGAAGAAAAAAAGAUGGAAAAGUUGACAGCCCAUUAUCAUGUUCAAAGGAAUCUACUACUUUGAGAAUGCAUCUUAUUGCAACAAGUAAGGCAAAUAAUCAAAGUCAAGAAUGUACAGCUAAAAAUAUUGGUAGACCUAGAAAGAAAGCCGAGUCUUCCGAGAUUAAGGAAAAUAUGGAAAGGCAGAGAAAACAAGUUGCGGAUGUCGCAGAUUCUGAUAUGAAAAGAAGUCCUAGCAAACAACCAAGUGAUACUUCUGAGAUUAAGAAAAAGAUGGGGAGGCCUAGAAAGGAUGCUGACUCAGAAAAGAUACCAAGGUCUUCUGAGAUUAAAGAAAAUAUGGGAAGGCAGAGAAAACAAGUUGUGGAUGUCGCAGAUUCUGAUAUGAAAGAAAGUCCUAGCAAACAACCAAGUGAUACUGCUGAGAUUAAGAAAAAGAUGGGAAGGCCUAGAAAGGAUGCUGAGUCAGAAAAGAUACCAAGGUCUUCUGAGAUUAAAGAAAAUAUGGGAAGGCAGAGAAAACAAGUUGCAGAUGUCGCAGAUUCUGAUAUGAAAGAAAGUCCUAGCAAACAACCAAGUGAUACUGCUGAGAUUAAGAAAAAGAUGGGAAGGCCUAGAAAGGAUGCUGAGUCAGAAAAGAUACCAAGGUCUUCUGAGAUUAAGGAAAAUAUGGGAAGGCAGAGAAAACAAGUUGUGGAUGUCGCAGAUUCUGAUAUGAAAGAAAGUCCUAGCAAACAACCAAGUGAUACUGCUGAGAUUAAGAAAAAGAUGGGAAGGCCUAGAAAGGAUGCUGAGUCAGAAAAGAUACCAAGGUCUUCUGAGAUUAAAGAAAAUAUGGGAAGGCAGAGAAAACAAGUUGCAGAUGUCGCAGAUUCUGAUAUGAAAGAAAGUCCUAGCAAACAACCAAGUGAUACUGCUGAGAUUAAGAAAAAGAUGGGAAGGCCUAGAAAGGAUGCUGAGUCAGAAAAGAUACCAAGGUCUUCUGAGAUGAAAGAAAAUAUGGGAAGGCAGAGAAAACAAGUUGCGGAUGUCGCAGAUUCUGAUAUGAAAGAAAGUCCUAGCAAACAACCAAGUGAUACUGCUGAGAUUAAGAAAAAGAUGGGAAGGCCUAGAAAGGAUGCUGAGUCAGAAAAGAUACCAAGGUCUUCUGAGAUUAAAGAAAAUAUGGGAAGGCAGAGAAAACAAGUUGCGGAUGUCUCAGAUUCUGAUAUGAAAGAAAGUCCUAGCAAACAACCAAGUGAUACUUCUGAGAUUAAGAAAAAGAUGGGAAGGCCUAGAAAACAAAUUAUGGAAAUUGCUUAUUCUGGAAAGAGAGAAAGCCCACGCAAGAAACUUGUUAAUGCAUUUGACAAAACUUCAAAGUCACCAAAGAAGAGGAAGAUGCCUGGUGAGGAAGAAUUAUUGGUGGAUGUAGUUGACAGAAGUAUUAAGAAAGCUAAGAGGAGGUUUGAAUCAGAUACAACACAGUCAACUUUUGCGAAAGCAGAUGAAUUAAAAGGCAGUGUAGUCGCUCUCCAGAAAGAUGUACCAGCUAGAGAGGAAAGUUGUACCUCAUCUACUCAGACAUAUGCAACGGUCAAGGAAGUAGAGGACUAUGUUGCUUCAAAAGGAAAACUCUAUUUGGAACCAUGUUUUGUGAUACCCAGACCAAGCCUUUUACAAAUAAAAGCAACUUGUGAUAUGAGAACCCAGACUUACAACUUGGAAUUAUCACCCUCCUUGGAAGAUGAAGUCAAGCCUGUGUACCCACCCAUUGAGCAUGAUAAAGGGGACUCCAAAAGACCUUCAAGAACACCACAGAAAAUGGUGAAGAAGCGAUGUGUUAGUAAAUCGCCUUCGAUUCUUGAAAAGUUGAGUCCUCACGACCUUUCACCCAUCCUUUCAGCAGUUCCAUCACCUAGCACGGGCGAUUUCCCUUGUUCAGUAAGAGCUCAUCGUAUCUGUCAAACAGAAAUACCAGUGGAAGAAGUUGAGGCUCAUAUCCAGGCAAUGGGAGAAUGGUACAGGGAACCAAGUAUCAUUGUGACAGGAUCACAGGAUGGAAGAACAGAACCAAAGAACAGUGUCAGAACACAGACAUAUAAUAUGAGCCUUCCAGAAAGAGAACUUCCAUCAUUCAAGAAGAAAUGGUCAAAAAGAGUGCAAAAUCAAAUGAAAUCUACACAGACGCUGGCCACACUGGAGGAAGUUGAAGCAUACAUUGAAGCAAAUAGGCACAUCUACACAGACCGAAAUUAUUCUACAACACUGAGCUACUUUGUGAGUGGCUCAUCCCUUACUAGACACAUGCCAACACAAACCUAUUCUUUUGUUUUGGAUAAGGAGUCUCCUGAUAGGUAUUCGAAAAGUGAAAAGCAGAUAAGGUCUGAAGAUAUCAAAGGAAACUCUGAAUCUGAACAGAGAAAGGGUCUGAAUGCUACUGAUAAUACUCCUAAUUCCUCAAAACAACUUGCCAAUCCUGAAAUAAGGAAUUCAGUGAGUAAUAGAAAGCAGAUCAGUUCACUUCCCAAUCGGCAAGGUAAUCAGCUACAAGAGAAACCACCUGGAGCAGAUUGUCAGGUCGCUAGCAAUGGUAUCUGUCACAGAUCAAACAAGAAUUCUCUUUCUUCUGGACUCAAUAGUAAGAAACAAAACUGGUUCCGUUUGAAGCCCAAGAAGUAAUCUCAAACAGGAUCAUAAUUAUAUCCUUUUUUAUCAGAAUUUUUAUUUGAAGAUUGUGUCUCAUUUCUAGCUUGUUACUGUGUAAUAUACAUUGCAUAGAAUUGUCUUAUUUCCUUUUCAAGAUUGACAUUCGAAAUUGAAUAUUUUUCAUUUUUUUAUGUUAUCAAGAAUUUUGGUUUCUAAUCAUGGAUGUGGAUAUAUUUAUAACUUAUUUUCCCAAUUUGAUUCAUGAAUCAUUGGUGUAUUUACUUCUUGCUCAUAAUCAAAUGUCUUUUUUUUUUAUUUGGGGGACUUUUUAUGUUGGAAUAUGCUGAGGUUGUAUGCUGCAUGGACAAAUAAAAUGACUUUUUUUUCAUUCAGAAUAUGUCUUUUGAACCCUCUGGGUGUAUUGAUGUUUUCUCUUUAAGACAAGCAUAAUUUCCCCAAAAAGGACUACAUACUUGUACAUGUUCUUGAUAUCCUGAAUUUUACCCACUUUUUAUUGCAAAUUUUCAUUUGAUGAAAAUAUAUUUUGUCUUAUGAUCAUCGCUAUGAAAUAUAAAAAUAUCUCUGUUCCUUUCAGUUUCUUAAUCUCCUUGUCAUUAAGUAAUUUACCCAGAUAUAAUGUUAGCCUGCAAGCGAGUCAAUCUCUGUAAAUAAAAUAUAUUGAGACCACCAGUAAAAUAGCCUCAAUUAUAAAUCAUGGGAUUUCUUGAAAGGCAGGGAUCUAUUAAUUGAUAUAAUACCAUGUCGAAUUUGAGUCAUUCUCCAGUUGGGGAUAAACAUGUUCACUGAUUUAAUUAUCCUGUUUUAAAAUAUAUUUUCCAAAUGAUAUCAGCACUAAUUGGAAUCCUAUCAACUGGUGUUCUUAAUUACCAUAAGUUGAAGAGAUGUUUAUGCCUAUUAGAUAUAUAAUUUUGUCAUGUGUAGUCUCCUUGUCUCAUAUGGUUAACUUUGCCCUUCUCCCCGGACCAUAGAAAAGAUACAUGUAUAUUGGUUACAUUGGUAACAAUGGUAACUACCUUGGUACUAUCGCUCAACAGCCAAUCAAAAUCAAGGAUUCUUUAGAAGUAACCAAUCAUUGGAUAGCAAAGAUACCAUAGUGCAACUUUUGUUCAUCACUCUUGUGGUCUGACUUCUGUUGAAUUAGGAAAAGGAAAGGAAUGUGAUUUGAUGUAAUGUAUAUAUUAAUUAGCUGGACCCUAAAGACGUAACUGUAUUACAUGGAUUUCCUCUGCUUAUCGCAAUGCUCGGUUCCAGCCAAUUAUAAUUGUAAUUUACUCCUGUUAUACAUGCUAUAACUGGCAAAUUUACACUACCUUGAACAUAUCCUCUCAGAUGUCUAAAUCACAGAAAUUUACAUCUGUGUUUCUGCUGUGUAUAAUAAUUAAAAUCAUUAAAAAUAUCUUUCUUUUUUAGUAUUCAGAUCAUGACAAUUUAAUUUGGGGGAAAUGAAGACUUGUGUUUACUAUUUGAUUGAUUGGAAAAUUGUGUAUAUGAGAAAGCCAAGGCAUGGCUUGUAUAAAAUACACCAAAAGAAAUGAAUAACCAAAGAAUGUUUUCUCCCUGUACAUUGAACUGUUGAAAUAAAGGCAUGGCUUAAUGAAAUCUAAUUAUGAACGGAUGAUAUAAAGAAAAUAAUGAAAUAAUUGAAAGAUGGUUGAAUUUUAACCAAUAAUAUUCAUUUAAAUUGCCAUUCUUAAUUCAAAGAAUCUGUCUUUGAUGACUUCCCCUCUCUCCCUCUUUGUAUAGCCCGCCAAAGAAAGUUUGAAAUUGGGAAUCAGCAGUCGGGCUUGUGGUCAGUUUUGCACAUAAUGCUGGUCAAACCACUUCCUCAGUUUUUAGCCAAUUCUCAAAUUCGGAACACAUGUUGGUCUUUGGGGUAAAGAUGUACAAGACAUAUUUUUCACAUGUGUUAAAAUUUCCCAUACCAAUUUCUCAAGGGAAAUCAUGUUGCCAUGGUAAUAGUACAUUUUUGUAAAAAAUAGGUAAAAUCUUGUGGUUCAAACUACUUCAUCUAUUUUAUCUAAUUCUCAUGAAUUUAGCUCACACAUUGGUCUUGGGGAAAAAAGGGCAAGCCAUUUUUUCCAUGUUUUGGAAACUGUUGCCAUGGUAACAGCGUAUUAUCUGUUCAAGGAGAAGGAGAGAUUUGACUCGGAAGUUGUAUAUAACACUUGUUUGGCAUAAUCUAGUAUAAACAUAUUCGAGUAAAGGUCAACUUCUGCAAGUUUACUGUAUAUACCUGUAGUUGUUGAGUCUCUGAAAAGAUUAGGUUUUCAUUAUUUGAUCCUAGCAAACAUAUUGAUGAUCAUUGGUAAUUUACAAAAGAUGUGUAUGAUUUUUGAUGCAUGACUAUGAUUAAGUAUAAGAUGUUGAUGUCAGAAAAUGUGUACAUUUUAUUUUGUAUGUUAUACAGAGGGCUUAUAUAAUUUCAUCAGUAACAUGUAUGUGUUAAGACUUUGUAAAGUGCCUUGUGA